UUUCCUCUCAGGUGUCGUUGUUUGUCCAGAUGAGCGUGCGGGCCGACAUGGACUGGCACCGGUUCAUUUGUUUGCUUUUACUGACAAGUCAGAGAUUUUGUGCAGGACAAAUUUCAGGAUGCAGUCAAGGCCAGUGGCAGUGUGGUGACGGAAGCUGCAUCCCAGAUCUCUGGAGAUGUGAUGGAAGUGGAGACUGUCUGGAUGGAUCUGAUGAAAUGGACUGUGCUGCACUCCCAGGCUCUCCCAAAUGUCCACCAGGUCAGUUUCCUUGUCUGGACUCGGUUGGCUGUGUUGAUGUGUCGGCCCGCUGCGAUGGACAAAGCCAGUGUCCCACCGGAUCUGAUGAGGAGAACUGUACAGCCACCAAGGGCUGUUUGGACUCGGACUGGAGCUGUCGAAACUACAUCUGCAUCCCCAAAGAGCUGCGCUGCAGCGGACUGAACGACUGCAUGGACAACUCUGAUGAAGAGGGCUGUGGUGUGUGUGAUGAGGACCAUAUACGAUGUCCUGAGGGGGUGUGUGUGUCUGCUGAAAAGAGAUGUGAUGGACAGGCUCACUGCUCGGAUGGCAGCGAUGAGCCCAUAACCUGUGGUCAUACCUGCUCUGUGAACAACGGUGGCUGUAGUCACAUGUGUGUUGAUGAACCAUGGGGAGCUCUGUGCGCUUGUCCUGUUGGAUAUAAGCUCUCUCCUAAUGGAGCAGUCUGUGAAGACGUGGAUGAAUGCGCCGCAUCUUUCUCUCCCUGUCAGCAUCACUGUAGAAACACCAUCGGAUCCUACUACUGUCACUGCAGAGAAGGCUUCAAACUGAAUGGAAGCGCCACAUGUUUAGCCACAGGUAAUGCUACAAGACUGCUGAUGGUACAGGGGGGAGCUAUAGGACUUUUGGACGUGAAGUCUCAACAGUUUGAAGUUGUCCAGACUCCAACGUUUGACCCAGUGGCAUUGACAUUUGACAUUGCCCGAGGAUGGUACUUCUGGGCUGACAGCCAUGGCAGCAUUCACAAAAGUGAUGGCCAGUAUGACAGAACCAUCUUUACUGGGGAACCUGGAAUCAAAGGUCUAGCUUGUGAUUGGCUGAAUGGAAAUCUUUACUGGACCAAUCAGAAGACUGAGUCAAUCUAUAUGCAGGCAGCAGGUGGCAGCAGUUGCACUACUGUGCUGAGCAAAAACAUCAGUCCAUCUGAUGUGGUGCUUGUACCUGUGGAGAGUUUGAUGUUCUGGAUCAAUGUGGGCCAAGGUGACGGGGUGACAAUAGAGAAGUCAUGGAUGGAUGGGAAAGGAAGAAGCUCUCUGGUGGUCCUCACUGCUCAGUCUGCCCAUAGCCUCACUACUGAUAUGUCUACAAGGAGACUGUUCUGGAUCAGUGACUUUAAGAAAUCUGUUGAGACAGUGAAGCUGGAUGGGACUGGCCGUUACUCCUUCACUGGACUGUUCAACAGGAUACCAGGUCUAAGCCUGGCUGUUUUUGAGAAUUCAUUCUACUGGGCUGACAACAAAGGACUGUGGCAGGCUUCACAGAGCCAACCACACCAGAAGACAUUUCUUGGGAAAGCUAAACUGCCACUAUUAACAGUUUACCAUGAGCUGCAGCAACCUGAAGGUUUUUCUGCAUGUGUAGAGAGUCCAUGCCAUCUUUGCCAGCUAACUAAAGGCAACCCUGUUGGAUUCACCUGUGCUUGUCCAAAUUUCAAAGCACUGUUGCUUGAUGGGACAUGUGAAUAUCCAAAAUUUAUAUAUGCUACUUUUACCAGCAUCAACCUGUUGGAGUUUAGAAUCAGAGAGUCCACUAACACCCAGCUGCUUAGCAUUGAUGACGGCAUCCUGUCAUUUGAUCUGGAUUGGUUCAGAUCCCGGCUGUACUGGACCAACCAGACUGGUCACGUUGUUUUUACUGGCCUAACCCAGGUCAAGACUGAAAUGGUCCCAACACCUCUGCCAGUUUGUCUGAUAAAAGUGGACCAGAGCAGUGGGAGUCUUUAUUGGGUAUCCUGUGAUCAGAACAGCAUUGGCACCACCACAGCUGAUGGUUAUUCACAGCAGCUGUACCGCACAGCAAAGGAAAUUGGAGACUUGUAUCUGGACUGGCUGAGGGGUGGGAUCUACUGGAUAGAGGAAGAACACAUUCUCACCAUGAGGAUGGUGGGAGGCAAAGCCAGAGAGCUUCUGCAGUUAGCAGGAGGAGUCAGAGGGAACAUCGCCUUUGACCUCAGAGCCAAUAGUCUGCUCUGGAACUCAAAAAGGGCAGGGUUGACGACCCUGAGUUUGCUACAAGAGAGAAGCUACCAAGCUGGAAGAAGAUGGAACAUUUCAGGCUCAGUAGUAGCUGCUUUUGAGCCCUUCCUGUUGUCCCUUUCUGAAGACAACAUGACUCUGUGGGAUCGCCGUGAUGGUAGUCCCAUCCAACAGAUGACUGUGACAGGUCCUGUGAUGAGUGCAAUUGCUGCACUCAUGGAAAUUCAUACAGUGCUCAAAACUCCACUCUGCAACGAGACAUCUGUGCUGUGUCGUCGCUCAGCAGCCUGCCUCUCACAAGCCCUGUUGUGUGAUGGUAACGAGGAUUGCCCUGAUGGAGAGGAUGAAGAGUUUUGUGUUGCAUGUCCAUCUAUAGAGGAUUUCAAGUGCAAGGAUCAUAGAAGCUGUAUCUCCAGGAAUCUUGUUUGCGACGGUCACGCUCAUUGCCAAGAUGGGUCAGAUGAGGUUGACUGUUCACUUGUAGCUUCUCCUGCAAUUCGGUUAAACAUCCUGAGGUGCCGCAGAGGUUUCGAGCUCUGUGCAGAUGGCACAGAGUGUAUUUUAUCCAGCCAUGUGUGUGAUGGAGAGCAAGACUGUCAGGAUGGAUCAGAUGAACUAGAAUGUGAUGUCAUAGAACAUGGAGCAUUUCCAGCAAGCAAAUCUCCUUCAACCACACAUCCUCCUCCGACGGUGCCGACUUGCCACAGUCCCUCUGUGCUUUGUCCUUCUGUUCAUCUCUGCAUUUCCCCAAACCAGUUUUGCAAUGGUUUUAUAGACUGUCCAGAUGGCUUUGAUGAGAAGAACUGUGUGAAAAGAUGUCCCUCAAACAAUGAUUUUCUCUGCAAAGACCGCCGGGGCUGUAUCUCUAAGAGUUUGGUUUGUGACGGGCGCGCUCAUUGCCUUGAUGGGUCAGAUGAAGUUAACUGCCCAAGCGUAUCCAUUACUACAUCUCAGCCGAAUGCCUUGAAGUGCCGUAUAGGGUCAAAGCUGUGUAAUGAUGGCAGAGAGUGUGUUUUACACAGCCACAUAUGUGAUGGAGAGGCAGACUGUGUGGAUGGAUCUGAUGAACAGGGAUGCCCAGAAGCCUGCUCACAAGGUUAUUUUGCUGUAAACUCUUGA